CUUUAGCUUGACCAGUCGCCCGGAUAGUUCCUGAAGGAUUGAGCUAUGGUGCGCUAACCGCCCGGCUGUACAUAUGUAGGUUUAACUUUACUGCUGCAGCGCAGUGCCUUAUGUACAUGCAACAUACAUAGGUACAUAACCUUAGGUACUAUACCGCCUCUAAGGCUAAGUAAAAGCUAAGGGAUGUGACUCUUGGUUCUAGAAUCGUGACUCAUAGCAAUGUCUCAGACUAUCCACCGUUACCACUACCACCGGCAUAAUACAUAAUGGAUACAUAAUGGACGAUCCCCGACUUUGUCGGAUGCCAACAGGAUAUACUGCCUCACAAAGUUGUGUACAGAGAUUUUCCUGGUCAAGACACGCAACGAAGCGUGGCGGUAAACUGUACUACAUAAUCAACCAUCACACAGCCUCAAUAAGACCAAUUAUCACCAGUCAAUUAGGAAUGCGACAUUACGCAACAUGUCUACAUUUGCUGGAUGGGAGAUUGUGUCCUUGCCCGCGGACGAUGAAGGCUGUUGCUUCUAUCUCGACCACUAUAAACCCUUUCGGUUGGCCGCCUUGAAACGUGAGCCCGAAGCGUUCGGCUCGACUUACAAUCGAGAAAUCAACUUUGUUGACGAUGACUGGCUUAAUCGCAUCAGAAAUCCUCUACCAAAGACCUUCGUGGCCAUGCUCUCUGAUAGUAAACAAAUCCUAUCGGCUACGUCAUUAAUUGGACCUCUGCCGAACCCCGACCCAGCGAGCAAUCCGUUCCAGGCCAGUUCCGAAAUGAGGGACGAGCGCGAUCACCACCACAAUAAUAGUGAGGCCUCAUCUAUGUCAUUUCAGAUUACUGGUGUCUACACGGCGCCUCAGGCUCGAGGCCAAGGCCUCGCUAAAAAAGUGGUCAGGACUGCGACCGAAUGGGCUGUGGGCCACGCCAAGAAACAAAAUGGACAUCUCGCGCUGAGUGUUAUCGUCUAUGCAACAAACACUGGAGCUAUAGCGUUCUAUGAGAGCUGCGGUUUCGUAGCUAGCCCGGAUGGUCCAAAGAGGUCUUUCAAUGCUGUGAAAAAUCCGUUUGCCGACGAGAUUUGUAUGCAUUAUAUCACAGGGUCUCUCUCCUGAACGGCUCUCCCCUUUAAAAAAACGGCGCCCUGUCUAGUCAGGCUCGGCACCGCAAUCAAAAGAGGAAGCUUCCAAUCGGUUGUGACGUCUGAGCCGCUAGGAUUGGUUCGCAGCGACCCGACUAAUUAAAAGAUCGCCUUAGGGGACACACCGAAACCGACUGAGAUUAUCUCUGGCAGGUCUAUAAUCCUAGUUCGCGAUGUUUCACACAUAUAUCCACGGGAGGGCCAUCCCGGCAAUCUCUUUCCGCUGCGGCCUC